GCCCCGGGGCGGGCGCGCAUCUGCCUUUGGGCGAGGGCACGCUGGGCUCUGCUAGCCUUUCCCACUCACGCGCCGCUAAGUUGUGCCCUGUGAUCCCUCCCCCCAUCCGCUUUUUGAGACCAUUCGCGUACCCCCUGGCCAGGGUAUUUUCCAGUCUUGAGAGAGAGCAAGGAUGUGGUCGGUUAUUUAUCGUAUCAGGCUGCCUGUCAGAAGGGUCUAAGGAGUGGAAGAGGGAUCUUAACGGAAAUAACAUCACAAGAAUCACCAAGACUGACUUUGCUGGUCUAAGGCACCUUCGAGUUCUUCAGCUCAUGGAGAACAAGAUUAGUGCUAUUGAGAGAGGAGCAUUCCAGGAUUUAAAAGAACUGGAGAGACUGCGCCUAAACAGAAAUAACCUCCAGUUGCUUUCUGAACUGCUCUUUCUGGGGACACCGAAGUUAUACAGGCUUGAUCUUAGUGAAAAUCAGAUUCAAGCGAUACCAAGGAAGGCAUUCCGAGGAGCAGUAGACAUAAAAAAUCUGCAACUGGAUUACAACCAGAUCAGCUGUAUUGAAGAUGGGGCAUUUAGGGCUCUGCGUGACCUGGAAGUGCUCACUCUCAACAAUAACAACAUCACUCGACUGUCUGUGGCAAGUUUCAACCACAUGCCCAAACUCAGAACAUUUCGUCUUCACUCCAACAACCUCUACUGUGAUUGCCACCUGGCCUGGCUGUCUGACUGGCUGCGGCAGCGGCCGCGCGUCGGCCUCUACACGCAGUGCAUGGGGCCAUCCCACCUCCGGGGGCACAACGUAGCCGAGGUCCAGAAACGGGAGUUUGUCUGCAGUGAUGAGGAAGAAGGUCACCAAUCCUUCAUGGCCCCAUCCUGCAGUGUCUUGCAUUGCCCUACAGCAUGCACCUGUAGUAACAACAUUGUGGACUGUCGUGGGAAAGGCCUCACUGAAAUCCCAACAAACCUUCCAGAAACCAUUACUGAAAUACGGUUAGAACAAAAUUCAAUCAAGGUCAUACCUCCUGGAGCUUUCUCACCAUAUAAAAAGCUUCGAAGAAUUGACCUGAGCAAUAACCAGAUCUCUGAAGCAGCUCCAGAUGCUUUCCAGGGCUUACGUUCACUCAAUUCACUUGUCCUCUAUGGCAAUAAAAUUACAGAACUUCCAAAGGGCCUAUUUGAAGGACUCUUUUCUCUGCAAUUGCUAUUAUUGAACGCCAACAAGAUCAAUUGCCUGCGAGUUGAUGCUUUUCAAGAUCUGCACAACUUGAAUCUUCUUUCUUUGUACGACAACAAGCUGCAGACCAUUGCAAAAGGCACCUUCUCACCCCUACGUGCAAUUCAGACCUUGCAUUUGGCUCAGAACCCAUUUAUCUGUGACUGCCAUCUGAAGUGGCUGGCGGAUUAUCUUCAUACAAACCCCAUUGAGACCAGUGGUGCCCGUUGCACCAGCCCCCGCCGUCUGGCAAACAAAAGGAUCGGCCAGAUCAAAAGCAAGAAAUUCCGCUGCUCAGCUAAAGAACAGUAUUUCAUUCCAGGCACUGAAGAUUACAGAUCCAAAUUAAGUGGAGACUGCUUUGCAGAUUUGGCUUGCCCUGAGAAAUGUCGCUGUGAAGGGACCACAGUGGACUGCUCCAAUCAGAAACUCAACAAAAUUCCUGAUCACAUCCCCCAGUACACAGCAGAGUUGCGACUAAAUAACAAUGAAUUUUCCGUCCUGGAAGCUACUGGAAUCUUUAAGAAACUUCCUCAACUGCGUAAAAUAAACCUGAGCAAUAACAAGAUCACAGAUAUUGAAGAAGGAGCAUUUGAUGGAGCCUCUGGUGUGAAUGAACUAUUGCUCACUAGCAACCGCUUGGAAAAUGUUCGACACAAAAUGUUCAAAGGACUAGAAAGUCUCAAGACAUUAAUGCUCAGGAGCAACCGCGUGAGCUGUGUGGGAAAUGACAGCUUCACGGGCCUGAGCUCAGUCCGCCUGCUCUCGCUGUAUGACAACCAGAUCACCACUGUGGCACCCGGCUCCUUCGAUACACUGCACUCGCUCUCUACGUUAAACCUUUUGGCAAAUCCCUUCAACUGCAACUGCCAUCUGGCGUGGCUUGGAGACUGGCUAAGGAAGAAACGUAUUGUGACGGGGAACCCUCGGUGCCAGAAACCCUACUUCCUCAAAGAGAUUCCCAUCCAGGAUGUAGCAAUUCAGGAUUUCACAUGCGAUGAUGGAAAUGAUGACAAUAGCUGCUCUCCACUGUCCCGCUGUCCAGCAGAAUGUACUUGUCUAGACACAGUAGUUCGCUGCAGCAACAAAGGCCUAAAAGCUUUGCCUAAAGGCAUCCCAAAAGAUGUAACUGAACUUUAUUUGGAUGGAAAUCAGUUUACACUUGUUCCAAAAGAGCUUUCCAACUACAAGCAUUUAACACUCAUAGAUUUAAGUAACAACAGAAUCAGCACUCUUUCUAAUCAGAGCUUCAGCAACAUGACUCAGCUGCUCACCUUAAUUCUUAGUUACAACCGCCUGAGAUGUAUCCCUGCACGGACUUUCGAUGGGUUGAAAUCACUUCGGUUGUUGUCUUUACAUGGCAAUGAUAUUUCUGUUGUUCCUGAAGGAGCUUUUAAUGAUCUUUCAGCAUUGUCACACCUGGCUAUUGGAGCAAAUCCUCUUUAUUGUGAUUGUAACAUGCAGUGGCUGUCUGACUGGGUAAAAUCAGAAUACAAAGAACCUGGUAUUGCACGUUGUGCUGGUCCUGGAGAAAUGGCAGAUAAACUUCUUCUCACAACUCCUUCCAAAAAAUUUACUUGCCAAGGGCCUGUGGAUGUUAAUAUUCUUGCUAAAUGUAAUCCCUGUUUAUCAAAUCCAUGUAAAAAUGAUGGAACUUGCAACAAUGAUCCUGUUGACUUCUACAGAUGUACUUGCCCAUAUGGUUUCAAGGGUCAAGACUGUGAUAUUCCCAUUCAUGCUUGCAUUAGUAACCCGUGCCACCAUGGUGGAACUUGUCAUUUGAAAGAAGAAGAAAAGGAUGGUUUCUGGUGCACUUGUGCAGAUGGAUUUGAAGGUGAAAACUGUGAAGUAAAUGUUGAUGACUGUGAAGACAAUGACUGUGAAAAUAACUCUACUUGCGUGGAUGGAAUUAAUAACUAUACUUGCCUUUGUCCACCUGAAUAUACAGCUGCUAAUCUGAAUGAAGUGGAAAAAGGUGAGCUCUGUGAGGAGAAACUAGAUUUCUGUGCUCAAAACCUGAAUCCUUGCCAGCAUGACUCAAAGUGUAUCUUGACACCCAAAGGAUACAAAUGUGAUUGCACGCCUGGAUAUGUAGGUGAACACUGUGAUAUUGACUUUGAUGACUGCCAGGACAACAAAUGUAAAAAUGGAGCACAGUGUACCGAUGCAGUUAAUGGAUAUACAUGUAUUUGCCCAGAAGGAUACAGUGGCUUGUUUUGUGAGUUUGCACCACCAAUGGUUCUACCUCGCACCAGCCCUUGUGAUAAUUACGAGUGUCAAAAUGGAGCCCAGUGUAUCAUAAAAGAGAGUGAACCAAUCUGUCAAUGUUUGUCAGGCUACCAGGGUGAGAAAUGUGAAAAGCUGAUCAGUAUAAACUUUGUCAACAAAGAAUCCUAUCUACAAAUCCCUUCAGCUAAGAUACGCCCCCAAACCAAUAUUACUCUACAGAUUGCCACAGAUGAAGACAGUGGGAUCCUGCUCUACAAAGGCGAUAAAGAUCAUAUAGCGGUAGAGCUGUACCGGGGUAGAGUGAGGGUCAGUUAUGACACAGGAUCUUAUCCAGCCUCUGCUAUUUACAGUGUGGAAACUAUUAAUGAUGGCAAUUUCCACAUUGUGGAGCUGCUAGCUGUGGAUCAGAUUCUUUCGUUAUCUAUUGAUGGAGGAAGCCCCAAGAUAAUUACCAAUUUGUCUAAGCAAUCCACUCUGAAUUUUGAUUCUCCACUCUAUGUAGGAGGCAUGCCUGUGAAAAAUAACAUAGCAUCUUUACGCCAGUCUCCAGGACAGAACGGCACCAGCUUCCAUGGUUGCAUCCGUAAUCUAUAUAUCAACAGCGAGCUCCAGGACUUCAGAAAUGUACCACUGCAAGUGGGAAUUCUGCCAGGUUGCGAGCCUUGUCAUAAGAAAGUUUGUGUGCAUGGAACAUGCCAUGCUACCAGCCAAUCUGGCUUUUCCUGUGAGUGCGAAGGAGGAUGGACCGGACCCCUCUGUGAUCAACAAACUAAUGACCCAUGUCUUGGAAAUAAAUGUGUGCAUGGUACCUGCUUGCCGAUCAAUGCAUUUUCAUACAGUUGUAAAUGCCUGCAGGGACAUGGGGGAGUCCUCUGUGAUGAAGAGGAAAUGCUGUUUAACCCCUGCCAAUCCAUCAGGUGUAAACAUGGCAAAUGCAGGCUUUCAGGACUUGGGAAACCAUAUUGCGAAUGCAGCAGCGGAUACACGGGGGACAGCUGUGAUAAAGAAAUCUCUUGUCGAGGGGAACGAAUCCGAGAUUUCUACCAAAAGCAGCAAGGGUAUGCUGCGUGCCAGACGACCAAGAAGGUAUCGAGACUAGAAUGUAAAGGAGGAUGUUCAACCGGGCAGUGCUGUGGACCACUAAGGAGCAAGAGACGGAAAUACUCUUUUGAAUGCACUGACGGGUCAUCAUUUGUGGACGAGGUUGAAAAAGUGGUGAAGUGUGGCUGUACAAAUUGUCCUUCCUAAGUGUCCCUGUCACACUUGUCUUUUGAAAAUGUUGUAUACUUAUUGACCGUGUCGGACUAAUUAAUGCUUCAUAGUGGAAAUAUUUGAAAUAUAUUGUAAAAUACAGAACAGACUUAUUUUUAUUAUGAGAAUAAAGACUUUUUCUUCAUUUGAAAAAAGAUUCAAGUGCUUGAACUGAGACUUCUCAUAACCAAGAGGAGCUUUGAAGAAAAAAAAAAAAAAAAAAAAAAAA